AGUGUGGAAAUCAUAAUAUCAUUUCACUUAUAAAAAGGCACAAACCAAACAUAGUCUUUCCCCCUAUCAAAAGCUGGCAAGACCUUUUUUCCACCUAUUGAUAUCUUCUGCAACAUCCUCUCACAGUGUUCUUCUUCAUCAUGUCUUUACUCUCAGAUCUUAUCAACCUCAAUCUCUCAGAAUCCACAGAAAAGGUCAUUGCUGAGUACAUAUGGGUUGGUGGAUCUGGUAUGGACCUCAGAAGCAAAGCCAGGACUCUUCCUGGACCAGUGAGUGACCCUGCAAAACUUCCCAAAUGGAACUAUGAUGGGUCUAGCACAGAUCAAGCUCCUGGGGAUGACAGUGAAGUCAUCCUAUACCCACAAGCUAUUUUCAAGGAUCCUUUCAGGAGAGGCAAUAAUAUUCUUGUGAUUUGUGAUGUCUACACCCCAGCUGGAGAACCACUUCCAACAAACAAGAGGUAUGAUGCUGCCAAAAUUUUCAGUCACCCUGAAGUUGCUAAAGAGGAACCAUGGUAUGGUAUUGAGCAAGAGUAUACCUUGUUGCAGAAAGAUGUAAAUUGGCCACUUGGGUGGCCACUUGGAGGGUUUCCUGGACCACAGGGCCCUUACUACUGUGGAAUUGGUGCUGAUAAAGCUUAUGGCCGUGAUAUCGUAGAUGCACAUUACAAAGCUUGUCUUUAUGCUGGCAUUAACAUUAGUGGCAUCAAUGGAGAGGUUAUGCCUGGUCAGUGGGAAUUCCAAGUUGGUCCUUCUGUUGGUAUUUCUGCUGGAGAUGAGGUGUGGGCUGCUCGCUAUAUUUUGGAGAGGAUUACAGAAAUAGCUGGAGCAAUUGUUUCAUUUGAUCCCAAGCCUAUUCCGGGAGAUUGGAAUGGAGCUGGGGCUCACACUAACUACAGCACCAAAUCCAUGAGAGAUGAUGGUGGUUAUGAGAUAAUCAAGAAAGCCAUUGAAAAGCUUGGAUUGAAACACAAGGAGCACAUUGCAGCAUAUGGAAAAGGGAACGAGAGACGUCUCACUGGAAAACAUGAAACUGCAGACAUCAACACCUUCUCUUGGGGUGUGGCAAACCGUGGAAGCUCAAUUAGAGUUGGAAGAGACACAGAGAAAAAUGGCAAGGGUUACUUUGAGGACAGAAGGCCUGCAUCAAAUAUGGAUCCCUAUGUAGUCACCUCCAUGAUCGCAGAGACUACCAUCCUCUGGAAGCCAUGAAGUCACACUCAUUUGCCUCUAGAUUUUUAUUAAACCAUUCAAUGUUGUGUGUUCAAUCCCAUUUGAUCUACGGUCUGCAAGGUGUUGUUUUCUUAGGAAUUGCCUAGUGCCCUUUUAAGCAUAGCAUUUGCUCCAUGUGCCCUGUGUGUAUGGCUGAGAAUAAUUGCUUCUUGAUUUUCUCCCUUUAGAUUUAUAGAUCAAUGGUGUUAUCAUGUUAUGGGUUACUAUUAUUCAAUUUUUCUUUCCGUGUUGUUUAGUGCAUUUAGAAGGGUUUAGUUGUGAAAAAUCAUUAACACAACUAAUCCAGUCCUUAUGCUUUUAAGACAUGAUCUGAUAUACUGUUUUACCUUUAUAAAAAUUAUUCCGUAGAACGAGUUA